AUGAAUCCCGUAAUUCAGAUAGGCGCCAUACUUUGGCUGGCCUGCGCCAUAAGCACAGCAGCCGAGACCAACGAGCAAAAUGCAACGACGACUAAGACCAUUCGCACCACGAUAUUACCAUCUCGGACUACAAGGACGGAGCUAAAGGUCUCCCGGAGCCUCAACCCUCAUGAUACACAGACCCUGAACGUACGAAGCAAGUCAGGUCAACUGACGCAACUCAUCGUCAAGAAGAAAGAUAAGUCCACCACGCACCAUGCUAGCAGCACCACCUUAGCCCCCACUACUGCCUCAGUUAGAACUACAGUGUCUGUUAACACUACGUUUGACGAUAUUAAAAACAAAACAGAGAGUAGAGACCAGAGAAAACUUAGUUUUAUGGACACAAUCAACAGCGAUUUGGCUGGUUAUGAUUAUUACCUUAAUCGCAACAAAAACCCAGAAGAAAUAGGUGACAUUAAAGCUGAGUAUGGAAACUGGUCACCAGUAUCGGUGUAUCCUGAAUCACAUAUUCAAGAAGAUGGAAGGAAACCCGAGACUGACCCAGAAACUUCCAAUUACUAUCCCACGUACGACAAUGAGAAGAGAACAGAAAAUAAGAAAGUUUACAUCACUUCAGCUAGCUUUAUGGACUACAAUACUCCAAUUAAAAGUUAUAGAUUUGAUCCACAUAACCCAGUUAUAAAGAACGACAGGAAUCCUGUGUAUAUUGAAGUGGUUAGUACUAAAGUACAACCUGAAGGUGAAGCAAAAUCUUUCAAAGUUCCUGAUCCUGUUGUCAUUAGCUCUGAACCAAUGUACCUGAAGAAAGCCGUUGAAAAAUACAAUAACAAACGUGGAAGAUCCAUCCUGACCCUUGGUGAUGAUAGUAUUCCCGAAAUCCAAGGUGUAAGAGUACCCGAUGACGAAUCUGACAAAAAAACUUGGCGUAACGCUAGGGUUGUCAAUGGAGAACUUCUGCCUUAUCCCGAAGGAUAUACUCCGCCGAAAGCCAUACCAGAAGCAGAUGUGUACCCUGACAUAGCAGCUGUUGAUCCUGCUCAGAACUUUGGACCUUUUACUAAGGAAGACAACUUCGAACCUAAAGAUGGGCCAUUUACUAAAUUCGAUAACUUGAAAUUCGAAGUUAGUGACAGCAUGGGGCCAUAUUUGACGAGCGAUAAUCCAGCGUUCGCAUACAAACAGAAAAAAGACAAUCACUACAUGAAAUCCGGAUACGGUCCUUUCACUAAAGCUGAUAAUUCGAAAGUUGCGAACUCAAAACUCAUAGAGUACAUUAAACAAAUAAACGAGCAGGAAUCGAAGCGUGAUUACUUCAGCGGUCGCAGCUCAAGGUCACACAACGGCGAUGGGUACGGAGAAAGCCAUAUUCAAAGGCGUAUGCUCCAAUAUCCUGGAGAAGUAAAUUUCCCCAACUCUGUAAUGUAUACUCCUAAGAAUGCUAAACCAGGUUUUGAUGAAAGUGUAAGGAACCCUGUACUUCAAUACGCUCAUCCUGAACUGGGUGUACAGCCUGCGAAGGCAACGCGUGACAAUGUCGACAACUACGAGAGAGAGCGCAAAGUGAAAUACUACACCAUGAACGUUCCAAAAGUGCUCAUCCCUAUCCUAUGGAGCCGAUCAAUGGGUACGGUCAGCAACGCUCUCAGAACAACAUCAAUGCCAACAGAUAUUAUGAAGAUGAAUACAAUAAGUUCUCGUACUACGAACACAGAUGCUCUCGGCUUGAUGGCCGGAGGAGCAGCUCUAGGCCUGGGAGCCGUCGCCGUGGGUAGGUUGUUAGACGUAAACCUAAUGCGCAGCAGCGGUCUUAGCGACGAGGAAGUGCAAGACGAACUGGAGAAGGAACACAAAAGAGCAUUCGGAGCAUACGACAUCGACAGGCAAAUCCUAAGCCAGCAAAAGAUCUACGAUGACAACUACAAGAUGCCAAGUGAAAAUGUGUAUGUAGUAAUGUCUCCAGAUGGAAGCGAGGGUGCUCGAGCCAAGAGAGAUGUGCUGAGCUUCUUUAACGAGCCGACUUAUGAGGGACAAAUCCUUAUGAGAGUGAAAAGGAGACGAGUGAGGUCUUUGAAUGACAACGCUCCUGAUGAUCUGCAGCGGUUGGACGGCGGCUCCGGGCCAUCGUCGCUGACGUCAGCGGCCAUGAACCUAGUGAAACAGACGGACUGGAGGGACUCGCAGUGUGCUAAGUUCACGUUCUGUAAAGUGUUAACGUCGCAGCCCGACGACUCCAUGUUUGGGAUGGAGAAGAAGAUGGAGUCUCUAUUAAGAAUGAUCGCUCCAGGCACCGACGCGAGUGCAUCAUCAGUGGCCCACCAGCUCGGCGACGUGAUGGCGGCCAGCAGGGACCACGACUGCAGCCGAUUCCACUGCGACAGGCACUGACCAAUACUGGUGAUGGGACUUAGAGUAUGGGAUGACUUUGCAAGUGAAGCCAUAUUGAAUAAUAAACCUUGCAAAACAAGGUUUAAUUUUGAUUAAUGUUAUGUCAUCAGAGGUCACUAGAGGUAAAAAUAGUACUAAUUAGUUAUUAUACUAAUAUACAAGAAUUUUAGUCUCUGAAAUGCUUUAAAAGGAUUGUUUAAAGGAAAAGGCGUAUUUAAGGAAAAAUCCUUAAGUAUAAAUUCUUGGCCUCAUUUUUUCUGUAACACUAACAUGCGUACUUGUGAGGGCUUGAGUAACAUUUGCAAAGUCAUACAUCGAACUCAUCCAACUAAAAUAAGUCACUUAAUAACAAGGCGUAUAUAAUUUCGCCUACAAGGAAAAGGGACUGUAAAAAGACUACUAUAGGAUUGAUUUUAGGAAACUGACGUAUGACCGCACACUUAUCUAGAAUUCCUUCAAAAAUUCUCAAUUAUCUCGCAAAUAUGCAAUUAUGACUUAAAAUAUUGAAGAAAUUAUAAAUAUUCCUUUUAAAUUCCUUAAUAUUUUAUCCUCAAACUACAGUUAUUAUUUAAAAGAAAAUAUUUAUAUAACUAUCAAACACCGCUUGUAUUAACAAUACAGAAGAUAGAUAUGAUUUUACGAGGUGCGGUCAAAAAUAAUGUGAAUAACUAAUACAUCCUUACAAUAAAUUAUGUGUCUAAAAGAAAGUGUCUAGUAACACUGAAAUAACAAGCGACGAACAUAUCUUCGUGCGUGAGCAAAGGAGAGUCUCAGAUUUAUUACCUGAGACAGUUCUCUGACAAACAAUGUACAAUGGAAUUUUAACAAUACCGUCCAAAUGUUCGCUAAGCAGUCGCAAGACACGGCCGUGCUAAACCAUUUUUACAUAAUAUAUUGUAGAACGUUUUGAGCCUGUAGAGAUCCUUACUAUAAUAUAGAAAUGGUCACUGCACGGACCUUACAAAAAAUGUGUCGAAAAUUUUAGCGUUAAAAAACAUUUACACCUGUAUAAUUCAUAAUAUUAUAUGAUAAGAAGAACUUAUCGCUUAGAAGAGAGUUUAAAUUAAUAUUUUGGACGGUAUUGUUUUUUAAAAGAAUUUAUUAAACUGAGAGUUAAGAUAAACGACAACAAAUACAUUUCCCGGCGAAAUGUGCGAAGUGAUUAACUAUUUAUUAUUUAAUUUAUUAUAGUUAUAACGGCUAUAGUUAUGUAACGCGUAUUUUAAGAUUUCGAUAUUGAUAUUAUAAACUAUUUUAACCACAGAGUUGCAGGAAUUAUAAUUUAAAAGCUUAAUAAAAAAUAUUUGUACUUUGCACCACAAACCAUUGUUGAACGUAAAUAUUUUCAUUUGAUAUUUUAAUGUCAAUAAAAUGAAUGUAUACACACUACAGGAUGUUUGAAAAAUUUAUAAAUAUGGUGGCGAAUGGUAAAAUUUUCACACAAUAUAUAGAUACUAACAUGCAUACAUGAAUAUGGUCUGCAAAUCUUUCUAGAUAAAUGGAAGCUGACAGGAAUCGGGUUAUAUGAACCUUUCGCCACUGAAAUAUAGUUAGAUAUCUACCAAAUCUAUUAUGUCCGUCACAAAUUUUUAUUCUAUGCUUUUAAAUAAAAAACGCCUUACGCAGA